AUGGCUGCACGGGCGGCCCUGCUGCUGGGGGUGCUGCUGGCGACCCACCGCCCUGGGGAUGCAGCUCUCCUGGAAGCCAACGGCAACCUGAGCUGCCGCUGUGCCAAGACCACCAGGACCUUCGUUUCCCCGCGGAAAUACAGCAGCAUCGAGGUCCGGCCGGUGGGGAGCAGCUGCCGGCGCCUCGAGGUGGUGAUUAAGCUAAAAAGCUCGGAGAGGGUCUGCGUGGAUCCUGACACCCCUUGGGUGAAGAAACUCCUGCAGGACCUCCCUAACCUGAGGAAGAAAGAGGCUCCCCGGUGA